AAGCUGAAUGUCAAAUCCCAAAAAUCCUGGAAGAGUCUGGGAAUAUUCCCACAAAUUCCUGGUUUUUUUUUCCAAAAUCCAGGUGUCCAAAGCAUCCUCAGAGCUGAUGAAUUACUGUGAGCAGCAUGCCCGGAGUGAUCCUCUCCUGGUGGGAGUUCCUGCUUCUGAAAAUCCCUUUAAGGACAAAAAGCCCUGCAUCAUCCUAUAGCUCUGGAAUGUUCCAGAAGGAAAUCCCGACCCAGCCUCUGGAUCCAGGCUCCUCCACCUGCUCCCAGGGGUAAAAACUCAAAGCUGGCUUCAAACAGAACU